AUGGCGGCUCCAAAUACCUCAGCCCCCUUGCUGGAUCAGAUCGUCAAAGGCGCGCCAGCGCCCAACACCUCGCUCAACUCAGUCGCCGCCUCCGCCUUCGCGAACCCCCCCUCGCACGACGCAAACGACCGCCUCGCGCAGCUCAAGACGCCGCGCCCGCCGCACCCGCCCUCGGACCCGACGUCCCUCCUCCCCAGCUCCCCGCCGCAGAUCUACCUCAACCUACUGAUCCUCGAGGCCAGCCUGCGCAGCCAGUACCUCACGCUGCGCGCGCGCCGCCGCCAGAACUCCUUCGUCCUCACCCUGCUCGCCCUCUGGAACCUCUACUUCUCCUACGUGCUGUGGUUGCGGCCCCGCGACGACGGCAAGAGCAUCGGCAGCUCCAAGUACUGGCUCGUCGACAUCUGGUACCGCUUCAGCUUCAUGACGGGCGCCGUCACCGCGCUGCUGUUCUGGGCCACCGGCCAGUGGGAGCGCGGCGUGCGCUGGCCGCGGCGCUGGAUCGGCGUUGCGAACCGCGGCCUGCGCGGCAUGAAUGCGAAGAUUGUGAUUAUCCGCGGCCCGUGGUGGAGCGAGGUGGCCGGCUGGCUGGCGUUCGUGCGCCCGUUCUCCGGCGGCCUGUGGGGCGGCGAGACGGGCGGGAGUAGCUACCACUACAUCAAUUUGAGCCAGGAGAAGGGCCGGGAGCUUGCGGAUGGCGGCAGGCCCCGGCAUCGCAUGGUCGAGGGCGGGAAGGAGUAUGCCGAGGAGGAUAUAGCGCCCGGCGGCGAUAUCAUCAAGCUGCUGCUCUUGCCCAAGCCGUUUACCCCGGAUUUCCGCGAGGGCUGGGAGAUUUACCGCACCGAGUACUGGGAGCGGGAGAACGAGCGCCGCGCCGAGUUGAGGAAGAGGGUGCGCGCAAGGCAGAGGGAGACGGCGCGCGAGGAGGGCGGGUGGCUGUGGUGGACGGGGUGGCGGGGGUGGAAGCGCGCGAGGGGCAUUACGGGGCGGAGUGGCGAUGUUGAGAAGAGUGGACAUGCUGCGCAUGGGCACCAUCAU